AAAAAACAAAUCCAAAUGGCGCAGUGGCUUGUUUUUGUGUUGUACUCAUGCAGAUACCGUCUCAAACUUUCAGGUUCUGACUCGAAAAAACCGCGCGGGAAAUUCAGAAAUUUGUUCUGGCCUCAGAACCUGGGUGCGGGGCACACCAUACAUAUAUAUAUAUAGAAAAAUGAGGGGUCUAGGGACCGUAGAGACGUGUGCGAAAGCGGUGUAAUUGGCAGGAGCCACACUGGCGCUGCCUACCAGCCCAUGACGUACAUGAGUUGUACCCACUGGGCGUGAU